AUGGCUUCUGGAUCCAAUUCUCAGUUGAGCGAAUCUUGGGUGGUCGAAGACGAAGGUGAUGAGAGGAUCAGUUGGGACGAACAUUCCGCAGAGUCGGAGCACGACGAAGAACCAAAGAUCACCGUCCAAAGCGAACAAGAACCCAAAAUGACGAGAGUGAUUAGGGAGCGACGCAAGUCCCCCAGACUGUCCACGCCCACGGAUCCAGAACCAGAGUUCAUUAUGCCAUCCGUGGCAACCAGUAUCAGUCCCUCAGAGAAGAUCGUCCGGAGGGUGAGGCCGCCCGUCACCACCAACAUGGCUUCAUCGAAGCAGAGGACAGUACCAGUACGCUCAAUUCGAUCGAAUCAAAAUCAAACGAACAACACAACAGCAUCACCAGUGGUGGACAAGAUAGUCCUGGUGCUAGUGCAUACCGCGGAAUGGCUGCUCGACAUCUUGGGCCAGACGCUGAAGACCUUGAAACGACCCAUCUCUUGGCUGCUUGCGGCAUAUCUCUUCUUCGGCAUAUUGAUGCUUUUGCAAAACCUUUUGACCUCCUCCAUCUAUACGGCUCUGUCUCCGAUAUGUCGCAUUCCCGGAGUAUCUCUUUUCGACCUUCCACUCUGCCGGUUUGCCUCAGUCAACAACGACAAACCGACUCUUCCGGGCGGGACUUCCGCCCCUGUCGAGUUCGACGCCCUCAUGAAGACGCAAUCACACUUCGAAGAGAUCUUAUCCGAAUCUGCGGCCGGUGUUGCUCUGCCCCUGGACAUGAAACGAUCCGAGACUUCAAUCCGCGAUCUACGGCAGAUCGUGCGGUAUUCGCAGCUCGCCUCACGCAAUGAAAUGGUUCUCGAAUUCGAUGGGUUCAUCGAGACCGCCCGCAUAGCGUCAUACGACCUGCAAAAGUUCAAUUCGCAUGUCGGCCGCGGUGUGGACAUUGUUCUGAGCACGGCGCGUUGGACGCAACGGGUGCUCGAUGACAUGGCGGUCAAGCAAUCUUCACGAGGCAUCAUCCCGGCUUUCAUACAGGACAACCUCCUAGCACCGUUCAAGCCGAUACAAUUCACCGAAGCAAGACUUCUCGACCAAUAUAUCUCGCACACAAGGAUAGUAUCUGAAGAGAUUGAGCGUCUGAUCGAAGAGGCCCAAGCUUUACUCCUUGUCCUGCAGAACCUCGAAGACCGGCUCGACGUGAUCCACGCCAUCGCAAUGCGCGACAAUAUCGACGCCCAGGCUGGCAAGGAUGAAAUCCUCUCGCACCUCUGGACGCUGCUGGGCGGCAAUCGCGCCAAGCUGGGCAAAUUCAACAACCAACUGACUCUUCUGAGACAAGUCGGGCAGUAUCGGAAGGUCGCAUGGGCGCAUGUCUCUGCAACGAUCCUCAAGCUGCAGGCCAUGGGCGCCGAGUUGGAAGAGUUGCGCACUAGGAUAUCGAGUGCCGAAGUAUUACGGGGCCAUAAGGAGAUCCCGCUCGCGGUCCACGUCGAGAAUAUAAGGUUGGGAGUGCAGAGGCUCGAAGAGGGCAGGGAGAAGGCGAGGAGGCUGGAGCAAGGCCAUGUCCGAAGGGUGAUUGAAGGCGCCGAGCAGGGGAAUGUCAUGGCGUUGGGAGACACUUGA